AUGACCGCUCGCACAGAAAUUGAACACAGAUAUAUCAAGCGACGGAAUUCGCUCAACAGUCCGGGUGUCAGAGACGGAUGUAAGAACCGCUGCGCAACCACAACAGGACAUCAUCCGGAAGAUCCUUCAGAAUCACCACCUCCAAACCCAUUCAUCAAUCCUCAUUCAAAACGCCCAAAAUCGAUUAGUGUAUGUGUCGGAUCGGUUCAAAUGGGUAACGAGGUGUAUAGGCCGCCAGCGCAACCAAGGACACUAAAUGAUUUUCAAUUUGUGCAUCCGGAACUUCUAACCAUUCAAAAUUAUGAGCUUCAAACAAUUAGGGCACCUGCUUUAUCCACUUCAGAAGUCUUUAACGAACCUCCUCCACUAUAUGUAUACAGAGUAAUUCCUUCAAAACAAAGGAAGGUUAUGGAACAACCCCCAAACCAUAUAAUAACCUACAUAAAGAGGAAAAAGCACACAAUAAUUGCGUGGACAUUCGGAAUUGUGGCUAUUACAAUUUGCAUAAUAGUCGUCACACUUCAAACGAGAGGAGAUGUACAUUAA